AUGGCGCCUCCCGCAACCGACGACAAAGUCAGCCCUCACGUAUCCGACGGCCAGGCCGACGUCGCUUCGACCAAGGGCGAGAUCGAGGAGACCCACGAUGUCUUUAGACAGACCGAGGAUGGCGUCCAGUUUCGGACGGUCAGCUGGCAGAGGGCCACGAUCAUCUUCUGCAAGAUUCAGUUCGCGAUGAGCAUUCUGAGUGUUCCGGGAGCCUUUGCGACGCUGGGAGCUGUUCCGGGUGCCGUGUCUCUCGUGGGAUGGCACGCCCUUAACACAUACACGGCCGUUAUCUUGGGAGAAUUCCGCAACCGCCAUCCCGAGUGCCACACCCUCGCCGACAUGUGCGGCCGCCUCUGGUCCCGCCCCGGCCGCGAGCUCGUCGGCCUCCAAAUCCUCGUCGCGCAGGUCCUCAUCUCCGCCGCAGGCAUCGUCUCCAUCUCCACCGCCUUCAACGCCGUCUCGUCCCACGGCACCUGUACCGUCGUCUUCACCCUCCUCGGCGCCAUCCUCAUCACCGCCUUCUCCUCCGUCCGCACCUUCAGCAAGCUCGGCUGGCUGACCUGGCUCGGCUUCACCACCUUCUUCGUCGCCGUCUUCGUCUUCGUCGUCGCCGUCACGAAACAGGACCGCCCCGCCGUCGCCCCGCAAACCGGCCCCUUCGAGCUCGGCUGGACCGCCGUCGCGCACCCCACCUUCGUCGCCGGCAUCACCGCCAGCGCAAACAUCUUCAUCAGCAACAGCGGCUCGUCCAUGUACCUGCCCGUCAUCUCCGAGAUGCGCCGGCCGCAGGACUAUCGCCGCGCGGCGCUGGUGACUGGUGGAUUGGUGCUGGCCAUGUAUCUCUCCUUCUCGCUGGUGAUCUACCGCUGGUGCGGCGUGUGGCUGGCCACGCCGGCGUUCGGCAGCGCAGGCCCGCUGUUCAAGAAGAUCUCGUACGGCAUCGCGCUACCGGGACUCAUCAUCGGCGUAGGAAUCUAUCAGCACGUCGCGGCCAAGUACAUCUUCGUGCGGGUGCUUAGAGACUCGCACCACCUGCAGGAGAACACCCUCGUCCACUGGUCGACGUGGAUCGGAAGCAAUCUAGUACUUGGAAUUCUGGCCUUCAUCGUUGCCGAGGCCGUGCCGAUUCUGAACUACCUUCUGGGUCUGGCGGGCGCCAUCUGCUUUGCGCCGUUCAGUCUUGUCUUCCCCGCCCUGCUGUGGAUGCAGGACUUUUCGAGCUACAAAAGAGGCAGCAUGAAGCAGAAGGGUGCAUAUGGCUUCCACAUUCUCAUUGUACUGGUCGGCUUGUUCAUGGUCAUCGCUGGAACUUAUAGCGUGGCCGUGUCUAUCAAGGAUGCCUAUGCGUCGGGCUUGAUUACGAAGGUCUUUGACUGCGCUGAUAAUUCGGCCACUAUAUCUUGA